AAAUAGUUCUGGUUUUAUUAAUACACAAAAUUUAAUAGAUAAAACUAAUUAUGGGUCGUCUUCUUCAAAUGAUUUGUUCUUUGAACGUUUUGCUUAUCUUGGUUGGGGUUUCUCUGUCGGGAGCGAUUCUUGAUGCCAAUUAUUACCACAAGACUUGUCCUCAGGCUGAAGACAUCGUUUACACAGCUGUUCGAAAUGCUACCAUUUAUGAUCCCAAAGUUCCUGCCCGCAUCCUCAGAAUGUUCUUCCACGAUUGUUUCAUUAGGGGAUGUGAUGCGUCGGUAUUGUUGGACUCAACCCCGGGCAACAAGGCAGAGAAGGACGGUCCACCCAACGUCUCACUGGCUGCAUUUUAUGUGAUCGAUGAUGCCAAGACAAAGCUCGAACAGUCUUGCCCUAAAACUGUCUCCUGUGCUGAUAUCAUAGCAAUUGCUGCAAGAGACGUGGUCGUUCUGUCCGGAGGCCCCAGUUGGAGCGUGCUGAAAGGUAGAAAAGACGGGAGAAUCUCGAGAGCAAACGAAACCAUAAACCUACCAGCUCCCUCCUCUAACACAUCUCAACUCAUCCAGAGCUUCUCUCAGAGAGGCCUCUCCGCCAAAGACUUGGUCACACUCUCCGGCGGCCAUACUCUCGGCUUCUCCCACUGCUCCUCCUUCGAAGCCCGCCUCCGCAACUUCAGCUCCGCCCACGACACUGAUCCCACUCUCGACCCGAAAUUCGCCACCGACUUGAAGGGCAAGUGCCCUAAACCCAAUACGGAUCGCAAUGCGGGUCAGUUCUUGGAUUCGACUGCUUCUGUUUUCGACAACGACUAUUACAAACGGAUCGUUGGAGGUCGAGGUGUGUUCGUGUCGGAUCAAUCGUUGUUGGGAGAUUACAGGACCCGGUGGAUCGUCGAGGCGUUUGCAAGGGAUCAGGGCCUGUUUUUCAGGGAGUUUGCUGGGGCGAUGGUGAGGCUUGGGAAUGUUGGAGUGGUUGAGAGUGGAGAAGUGAGGGUGAACUGCAGAGUUGUGAACUGACCGAAAAUGGGGAACAGGUUUUUUAUUGAGUGAAUCUUUUGAGUGGAAUGUACUAUGUGUUCUUGAGUUUUUUUUCUUUUUUUCCCUCCUUGUGGACAUUGUUGUAUGGACUUUAAAGGAAUGAAAUUGGAUACUUACUCUUAAUUCUAGCUUGUGUUUUUCCUAAGUGCGUGUCGAAAUAAUGGGG